UCCGGUUCACUCAGUCUACGAACGUUUGCCACGAGACUUCGACCUCGCCGCAUCGCACACUCUAUCUCUCUCUCUCUAUCCACCCGUCUGUCUUUUUUCCGCUUUUCAUUUUUUCCCCGCUCGCGCGGCAGGCAGGAAGUCCAGCGGCGAAGCCGGGAAAGCCGCGCGUAUUGUAGCCGCGCAACGGGUACAACGGGACUCUCGUCGUAUCUCUCGUGCUUUCGUUACUCCGGCCCCAUAUAGUCAGUCAUCGCCGUGCAACCUCUAUUCGUCCGCUUCGACCGGCUGCGGAUCUACCUGCGGCGCAGCGAGGUUCCUGUGACUCUUGAUAGCGGUGCGAUAACCACAGAGCACCAAGAUGGCUGCAUUCGUGGCGAAGCAGAUGGUGGGGAAUAAGCUCAAUGCGGUUAAAGGAGCGGUAGGUGGCGAAGGAGGUGACGAGGAUGACAAGGAGAAGGAGGAAGAGGCCGAGAGGGAAAGGCAGGAGGCUAUUAGGGAAGCCGAGGAGAGAAGGAAGGAGAAGCACCGUAAAAUGGAAGAGGAGCGGGAGAAGAUGCGACAGGAGAUCAGAGACAAGUAUAACAUAAAGAAAAGGGAAGAGGUCCAGGAAAUGCCACAGGAAGAGCCUAAUCCUCUGAUGCGCAAGAAGAAAACGCCGGAGGAGUUGGCGGCCGAGGCCGAGGCCGAGGACGAGGACGAGUUCACCAAACUGAGAAACACGAUAGAAACGCAGGUGAACGAGCUCAAGUCUCAAAUCGAAAGUAAGUGCAGCCUCCAAUGAGUCUAUCACAUCGCGCGGUUCGCGAGAAGGGUGACGCCGUGCGUCGUCAAAAUCGCAUCCGCCCCACAUCCUUCGGUGCCCGGAACAAAGAGGAAGGGGGUAGCAGAGAUAACGACAGAGCAGCGAAAAAGAGGAACAAUACGCGUAGCCGCGAUCGUUGCCGGCGUGUCGACCAAUCGCAGUAGAUCGAUUCCAGACGCGGUCGAUUGGUCGAUCGUUGCUUAAACCGCGAACGACGAGCGCGGGAUCCGAGGGGCUCUCUCUCCCCGGAGGAUCUCGAGGCUUCGUUUUUUCCCCUCCCUUCCCCUCCUUUUUUUCCUUCCUGAAGGACUCCUCGUCGUCGUGUUUGGACGCAACCGAAAAGCGGAAACGAUCCUGUCGAGGAUUCCGUUCUGCACGAAGAUAGACAAGCGAGAAUCGAGGCUGGAGAUCCGGAGAGGUGGAAUUAUUCCCUCGCUCGCGCGCGACACGAAAGAACACGAAGGUGAAAGAUAUGUUUAAUUUGACAUUGAGAUUCUCAUGGAGUAUCCAAGACUGCUGCAAAUCUAAGCGAAUUCAAACAGAUCACCGGAGAUUGUCAAUAGAAGCUGAAACCUCAAACGCGAAUCAGCAACCGCAAACGCAACAUUGGAAUUUAAACGACGUUUAAGCGACGUGCGACGAUGUUCGGCGAGAACGAUUCGGUAGAUGCCUGCUGAAGGAGGAAACGUCGGAGUCAAGUCUCCCGAUUGUUUACGACGAGCGACUGCGUACACUUGGAUCCGGCGUCCAUAAAUUUCCCCGACUUCGUCCGGUUGGAAGUGUUCUCGGAACUCUCUUGAUCAGACGAACGCGCGUGGGAAAUUCACCCGACAGAUAUAUCCCUGAUAUUUUCCCGGCACAGCGUAACGAAGAGACGCGUAGAAAUUGACGACAUCGAAGAUAAAUGGAGACUCGGAAAUCACCGCAAAAAUCGACGCGCGGCCGAUGAUCGCCGUCCUCAAUCAAGGAUAAUGUGAGAAAUGAAUAUUGCGAAUCGAUCGAUCCACGUUUCCCAGUAGAGAGGAGAGAAAAUUGCCCACAAGCCAAUAUCGCGGAAGGAAUUAUGAAUCUAGAAACCCCCUGCUGACCUUCCAUCUGAUUCAAAAGUAAACCAUCUGACAAAAUGGAAGAGGAUCUCGAGGAGAGUGCAAGAGAAGAGAGAUGGCUCGAAGUUGAAAAAUAUUAUCGAUCGUCGAUAGUGUCCGUGGUGGAGAAAUGUACGGUGAAAGUGAUGUGAAUGAAUGAUAAAAACGAGAGAGAGAGAGAGAGAGAGAGAGAGAGAGAGAAAAAGAGAGAGAAAGAGAGAGAGAGAGAGAAAAAGAGAGAGAAAGAGAGAGAGAGAGAGAGAGAAAAAGAGAGAGAAAGAGAGAGAGAGAGAGAGAGGGAGAGAAAGAGGGAAAGAAAGAAAAAGAGAGAAAGAGAGAGAAUGCUGACUAGACCAGAGUGUGAUUUUUUUAUGUAAUUGUUGCAGUUAAAAGUGCGAAAUGACGUUGUUUUAUAGAAUAAUUAGGUGUUCUGUAGAAUGUUUAGGCGUAGUUAUAGUUUGUAACGAAUCAAUUUUAUCCGGUACGGGCGGGUGAGGUAUUCACACCGUGGAUACCGCGUUAUUUUCUAUUCGUAGUUCGUCUAGGUAUUCUACACGGUUAUGGAGAAUUUUUGGCGCGAUUUGGUGGUUCGAAAAAACAACAACAAUAACAAAAAAAAAAAAGUAACUAUUCGUUAUCGGGAACUGUAUACAUAUAUACACAUAUGUACACAUACACGUAUAUACACGACGGUGUGGGUUAAACCGCAUUACAAUCCGCAUUACAACGCGAUUUCUUUAUCUAGGUAUUUUACCGGAUACCUAGUUAUUCUAUAGCCUUUUCUCACACAGAAGCAAAAAGUCGAUAUCACCAUUGUCGUACGACCGACCUUCUCGGACGUGCUGAUUGAUUCUCAGAUAGACAGACGGGAGGGGGGAAGAAUCUCCACGGAUGCGUCCUCUCCCGCGAGUUUCUUCUUUUUUUUUUCGGAGGAUCAUCGAGAGACUUCGUGAGUCCCGUGUCCGACAAGCAAUAACGUCCAGCACGAACACAUUCGACAAACUGUCGUACAACAAGAGUAAUAUCGUCCUUAGGGUCAGAUGUACUUAUUGGCUGUCGAAUGGGAAACUUCUGAGACAGUUGGAAACUUGAGAAACGCGGACCUCAAAACUUACCUAUUAGAUAGCCAAUCAACAACUCCGACGAACUCGUCGCACGAAAACUGUAUUAGCGUUUAGACAGUCUGGAUUAACUAACGCGGUCUGGUUUAACUGUUGCCCCUUUCUACACGAUUAUCAGAUCGUCUUUAUAACGUCCUUUUUACUUAGGCGGUAAAACGUGCGCGGCCUUUGACUAUAAAAGUACUGACUGCUGGCUCUGCGCGAAAAACCACCACCCCCUUCCCCUCCCUAUUCUUCUUUCUCCCCUUUCGUGAACCCGACGCGCGUCAAGACGUGCAAUAGACAUAUCAAAGCCGGAUAGACUCGCCUCUAGUGCGUCCGAAUCUCGUAACAGUUUGAUUUUUAUAUAACUGGUGGCUCGAGUCCGGGUGCCUGACUGACUGGCCGACUGUCUAAUUGAUUGAUUGAUUGAUCCGAUCAAUACACACGACGGCGGGCAGAGGUGGGAGAGUGGUUGCACAACCCAUAGAGCGCGCGAUAUUUCCAAGGGGAAAAGGGAAACGGCAAAGGAGAAGACCGCGAAAUUCACAUCGUUACUUCCCCGACCGCGCAGCGCGAAAGCCCGCUGAAUUUCACGCUGGCUGUCGUUAUUUUAUAGUUAAUGGCCGGGUCCUUUUUGGGGAAUCGAGAAUUCAAUUACGACGCAGCGUCAUCUGGUCGCGCAGCAUACCGGCACUCCGCUGCAAACAUCGCUUGCAAAUUACCACGUGCUCGGAAACGACGUGCAGAGAGCGAAACGCGUCCGUGUUGCUCCUCUCGCUCGUCACGACGAUGAAUCUUAAUUAAUAAAUAAAUAAAUAUAUAUAUAUACAUAUACACACACGCAUAAGUAUAUAUAUAGAUAAAAUAACAUAAGAAAAGACGAAAGAAGUAAAAAAAAAGGGACGUAUGUUCUAGCGCUUAAGUUUUUAGGAACGGGUUUUUUCGAAUAUAGCGAACGUAAUAAGAGGAGUAAACGGUAGCUGAGUUAUGUAGUUGAUAGAGGUUUGUUCGACGGCUGUUUCAAUAUUACAGGCAGGGGGAGGUAGGGGGAGGGUGAUGACAAGGAGGAGGAAGUUUCUUAUUAGUCUCGUUGAUGUCAUGAUUAUUAUUAUUAUUAUUAUUAUUAUUAUCAUCAUCAACGCGCUAAUACGGUUAUUAAUUAUUCGAGAGCAAAAAGUUGACGGAAUCCGAAAGGAUGACCAUGACGCGUGAGAGAUGGUAAUUGGCAGUCCUCGCUCUGCCAUUCGUCCAUCGUCAUAAUGUGAUAAACGUAAUCUACUUCUGAUUUAAUCGUCAUCGCAAAGAGAAUGAUCCUGUUAUUUAAAUCGUAGUAGAGGAUUGUUAUUCCGUAAUUUAUACCGCGUCGAUUUAACACCUAGUCGUGUACGUUGUAUUUGUUUCAUACGCGUGACUCAAUUUCUAGGUCUUCUCUCUUAGGAUCUUCUCCGUUCGUUGCAUCAAAUGCGAAUGCAUAACAAUGGGAUAAGCUGAGCAGAGCAUUGACUGCUAGUUCAAAUCCAAUAUGUGCGACUUAAAAGCGUAUUUAUAUAAAUAUAUAUAUAUAUAUAUAUAUAUAUAUAUAUAUAUAUAUAUAUAUAUAUAAUCAUGUGAUAUAUUCUCACUUAUAUUAAACGAGAAAAUUUUUCAAUCUGACGCACCUAUCGAUUCCGUUUACUACGCGCGGGGUAUUUCGCGCGCGAUCAGUUUUCUCUGAUUUUCUCCACAGCGAUACACGUAUAUUAUAUUGCGGAAAUUAACGCGAAACUUGUUAACCUUUAACACUCGCCGUAAUUGGACUUUCCCGAUGAAAUUCUUAUUCGCGAAAGAAAAUCGGUUUUCGUAUUUUUUAGAGCGCCGUAUAAUUCCGGAAAUUCCCUGUGUGCGUUUUAGCAGCGCAUAUAUAUCCGGGAUACACUUGAGGUUCGUACGAGGCAAGUCGCAAAAACGGGAGCAGACGUAAAAGACGUGAAAGAAAAAAAAAAAUGAAAAAGAAAAAAAAUACAUUUAGUAUAUAAAACCAUUUUUGUACGGGAGACGGAGAAGUAAAAUGUAUUUUUUUAUUUUGGACGAGGUAUAAAUUCCGAUGUAGCGAUAUAGAGUUUCCUUAACCCUCAAACGGCAGGGUAAAAAAGAAGUGUUGAAUAAUGGAUUAGUAGUGCACACUCAAUUCGUGAUGGAGAAAUAAUAAAACUUAACGACACGACAAAUUCGUCUUCAUAACCGACUGAGUGGCGUGAAAGCGAACUGACGAUAAGAGAUUAUCGCGAGCAUACUUUUCUCAUUUUUCUAUACCAAGCAUCUCGAUGAACGGCAUUUUUUACGGCGAAUGUUCACCUCUUCGUUUCACAACACGUUUUGAAUUCGAAUGGAACGCGAAAUAUCUGUAUCCGAUUAUCCGAGCAGGCACGUCAGAUUCCACGAAGCUCGAACGAUUCCGGCGGGAUGCUUGGAAAUGUUGAUAACGACAGCGAGUCACUUCGACGUCACUCGAUCGGGUUAUGAUCAAACAAUCGUUAAAGAGUCGUUCUAGAAGUAUGAUUAUUAAAUCUGUCCACUUUUUUCUAUCCUUCUCUCGAAACACGGACAGCUCUCUGGCCUGUUCGUGUUUCUUCGCUGUCAAAACGUUUCUCCCUACAGACUCGAUCUCUUCCGAGCACACAGCCUCCCAGUCGUCAAAAAAAAUAAAAA